UUUGCACAUAUUUAGUGUCUUGUGAGCCUGUUUAUAGCUUAAAAUCAUCAUGUCUAGCAGAAGAUCAAGAUUUACUGAGGAUGAGAUCAAUGAACUCAUCUUGAAAUUACAGGUUCUGUUGCCAGAUUCUAGUUCACGGUGCAAAACAAGGGUAUCAGCAUCAAAGAUACUGAAGGAGACAUGCAAUUACAUCAAGAAGCUGCAGAAAGAUGUCGAUGGUUUAAGCGAGAGACUUUCGGAACUUCUGGCUUCAAGGGACAUCAGUGUUGUUGAUGCAGAUCUCCUCGCAAGUCUUCUUCGACAUUGAAUCCGAUAUAUUAUACUGUUCAUUUAUCCACUCGGUAUAUAUCGAUCUUCAUGGUAAGGUGAAGGAAGAAUUGCUGAAGUGACGUAGUAGCUAGAGUAUUCUAAAUCUAUGUAUUUUCUUGGAAAAAACAAAAAAAAUCGUUAUGACAAAAUAAUGUUAAUUGG